UUUUUUUUUUUUUUUUUUUUUUUUUUUGAGAGGGAGGCUGAAGACAGCGCCAUGAGACGGAUCAAUGCGUUUGUCUUUCAUUUACGUUGCGAAUAACAGAAGGAAGGGGAGCGGAGUUGUUGGUUCAGGGAGCCACCUCCCCGGUCCGGAGGUUUGGUUUGCGGUGGUAUUUCUCUCCAGCUCCGUGUUUUUAUUUAUUUUUUUAUUUAUUUUUUUAUUUUUGAAGAGGUGAGCCAUGGUUGAACUGGAAAAGGAGGUGCUCCCGCUGCCCCCUCGGUACCGGUUCCGAGACCUGUUGCUCGGGGACUGGCAGACCGAUGACAGGGUGCAGGUGGAGUUCUACGUGAAUGAGAACACUUUCAAGGAGCGCCUCAAGCUCUUCUUCAUCAAAAACCAAAGAUCCAGCCUGCGAGUGCGAAUGUUUAAUUUUGCUCUAAAAGUCCUGAGCUGCCUCCUCUACAUCAUCAGGGUCCUGCUUGACAACCCACAAGAGGACCGACAGGACUGUGGCAGCGGAGCUAACUGCACCAAGCAGAACGCAUCAUCCCGUCCCUGGAGUGAGUUUGACUGGAAGCUCAUCAUCUGGGUUGACAGACCGCUACCGCUCUGGGCGCUGCAGGUGCUUGUGGCUUUCAUCAGCUUUUCAGAAACUAUGUUGCUCGUGUAUCUCAGCUACAAGGGCAACGUUUGGGAACAAGUCCUGCGCGUCCCGUUCAUUUUGGAGAUGAUCAGCACCGUUCCCUUCAUGAUCACUGUGAUUUUGCCCUCCUUGAGAAAUAUUUUCAUCCCCGUAUUUCUCAACUGCUGGCUGGCCAAACAUGCAUUGGAGAACAUGAUAAAUGAUCUCCACAGGGCGAUCCAGCGGACACACUCAGCCAUGUUCAACCAGGUCGUGAUACUUAUCAGCACGCUGGUCUGUCUCAUGUUUACGUGCAUCUGCGGCAUCCAGCACCUGGAGCGAGCCGGGAACAACUUGACCCUGUUCGACUCGCUCUACUUCUGCGUGGUCACUUUCUCCACGGUGGGCUUUGGGGAUGUCACGCCUCAGAUAUGGCCUUCACAGCUUCUGGUGGUCAUCAUGAUCUUUGUGGCACUCAUCGUGCUUCCCAUCCAGUUCGAGCAGCUGGCGUUUCUGUGGAUGGAGCGGCAGAAAUCCGGAGGAAACUACAGCCGCUACAGGGCGCAGACGGAGAAACACGUGGUGCUGUGUGUCAGCUGCCUCAAGAUCGACCUCCUCAUGGACUUCCUCAACGAGUUCUUCGCUCACCCUCGGCUGCAGGACUACUACGUGGUAAUCCUUUGCCCCGCUGAGAUGGACGUCCAGGUGAGGAGGGUCCUUCAUGUUCCUCUUUGGGCUCUGAGAGUCAUCUACCUACAGGGGUCUGCUCUCAAAGACCAAGACCUCAUGAGGGCCAAGAUGGACGAUGCUGAGGCCUGCUUUAUCCUCAGCAACCGGUUUGAAGUGGACCGCAUUGCUGCUGACCAUCAAACCAUCCUCCGGGCCUGGGCUGUCAAAGACUUUGCUCCAAACUGCCCCCUGUACGUCCAGAUUCUCAAGCCGGAGAACAAGUUCCACGUCAAGUUUGCAGAUCAUGUGGUGUGCGAAGAGGAAUUUAAGUACGCCAUGCUGGCUUUAAACUGUGUGUGCCCAGGCACCUCCACUCUUAUUACUCUAUUGAUUCACUCCUCCAGAGGACAAACUACACCACAAGAGGCCUUCAAGCAACGUGCCGGAGCAUUUCAAGCCCUUAACAGGGACGGCGGCGCAGGUUCACCAGACCAGUGGCACCGCACGUACAGGCGCUGCUCAGCCAACGAGGUGCAUCACAUCCGUCUGGAAGAAAGCAAAUUCUUUGGAGAAUACCAAGGAAAGAGUUUCACUUUUGCCUCCUUUCAUGCACAUAAAAAGUUCGGGGUCUGUUUGAUCGGAGUACGGAGACUGGACACCACGAACAUCCUGUUAAACCCCGGGCCGUGCCACAUCAUGGGGGCCUCUGACACGUGCUUUUACAUCAACAUCUCCAAAGAGGAGAACUCGGCGUUUGUGAGGGGUCAGCGGGAACCGUCCUGGGGAGGCUCAGGAGGAAACUCAAGGGGAGCCCACCAAAGCAUCUACCAUGGACUCACGCGCCUGCCCGUGCACAGUAUAAUAGCCAGCAUGGGCACCGUGGCCAUCGACCUGCAGGACUCCAGCGACAGCAGCCCGGAGGGCCAGGACCCGGGCGGCGCGGGCCUCGGCAGCGGGAGAGCGAGCAGGAGCGGCUCCCGGGCGGAGAUGGCGGGCGCCAACACCCUGGCUCUGCCCGCCAUGGGCGACUCGGCAGACGAAAGACGGCACAGCAUCGCGCCGGUCCUGGAGCUGGUGGAUGGAGUCAACAACCCAACCUUUGACCUGCUGGGGGAGCAGUCGGAGGACGAAGCAGGAGAGGACGGCAAGGACGACGGGGACAAAGACGAAAGCGCACACUGGUGGGGUCGACACUGCGAGUGGGUGAAGGGAUACCCCCUGAACUCUCCAUAUAUCGGCAGCUCACCAGCGCUGUGCCAUCUCCUUCAAGAAAAGAUGCCUUUCUGCUGCUUGCGCAUGGACAAGCCUUGUCCCCACAUCCCUUUUGAGGAUGCACGCUCCUACGGCUUCAAAAACAAAUUGAUCAUUGUGUCUGCGGAGAGCGCAGGAAAUGGUCUGUACAACUUCAUUGUGCCUCUACGGGCUUACUACCGAACAAGGAAGGAGCUCAAACCCAUAGUGCUGCUGCUGGAGAGCAUACCUGAAGCAGAUUUUCUAGAAGCCAUCUGUUGGUUCCCAAUGGUCUUCUACACAGUGGGCUCCAUUGAAAAUCUGGACAGCCUGUUACGAUGUGGAAUCACCUUUGCUGACACGAUGGUGGUGUUCGACAAAGAGAGCUCCAUGAUUGCAGAGGAGGACUACAUGGCUGACGCAAAAACGAUCGUUAAUGUCCAGACGCUAUUCAGACUGUUUCCAGCUCUUAGCAUCAUCACGGAGCUCACACAUCCUGCAAACAUGCGCUUCAUGCAGUUCAAAGUCAAGGAUCACUAUUCUCUGGCUCUGUCUAAACUGGAGAAGAAAGAAAGAGAGAAGGGCUCCAACCUGGUCUUCAUGUUCCGCCUGCCGUUUGCCGCCGGAAAGGUGUUCAGCGUUAGCAUGCUGGACACCCUCCUCUACCAGUCCUUCGUGAAGGACUACAUGAUCUCCAUCACCAGGCUGCUGCUCGGUUUAGACUCUAUGCCUGGCUCAGGUUUCCUCUGUGCCAUGAAAAUCACAGAAGACGACCUGUGGAUUCGAACCUACGGGCGGCUCUAUCAGAAGCUAUGUUCCUCCACCGGAGACAUUCCUAUAGGCAUCUACCGUACAGAGGCCCACAAGCUUCCGGUGUCUGAGUCCCAGGUAUCCAUCACAGUGGAAGACUACGAGGACACCAGAGAACCCAGAGAACCCCUCCUGUCCCGCACCGGAGCUCACCGUAACUCCACCUCCUCAGAGCCCAUCUCCACCUCCUCCCACUCCUCGGACCACCCGCUGCUCCGAAGGAAGAGCAUGCAGUGGGCGAGGCGGCUGAGCAGGAAGGGGGUUCGGGCAUCGAGCGGUGCCAAAGGGGGUCCGGGCAGCGCGGCGGAGAGGAUCAGCCAGCAGAGACUGAAUCUGUUCAGGCGCUCAGAAAGACAGGAGCUCAAUUCACUGGUGCGAACCAGGAUGAAACAUUUGGGCCUUUCUCCAACCGGGUUUAAUGGGAUGACAGACCAAGGCAACAGGCUGUCGUACAUUCUCAUCAACCCCUCUCCAGACACAAGGCUCGACCUGCACGACGUUGUGUACCUGAUAAGACCAGACCCCCUCUCCCUGGUGCCCAAUCAAGGAAGCGGCAGGAAGUGCAGCGCUGGACUAGCAGAGAGCCACAGGUUUGAUACGCAGGAUAGCACCCAUCUGUGAAUGAGAAAAAAUAAAAGAGAACAUUAAACCCAGAACACUGCCAGGAAGAAGGGACCAACAUCAACACAGUCACGAAGGAGAAGUCCACGGGAAAAAAAAAAAACGAAGAAGACAGAGAUGGCACAGAGCCCCUGCGUUUUCAAGAUCAGACGUUUUUGUUUUUUUUUGUGCCGGGCACGCAUGGACCUUUUAUAUAUUGAUAGGAACAUUUUAUUUAUGCACCUUCCUAUUUUCAGCUGAGAACUGCGGACACAGAAGUGCAUUUAAUGAAAAACUAUUUGUAUUUAUCUCUGUUAAUGUGCAUGUUCCGUAAAAAAGCAUUGUGUGCCGUAUCCGCAGUGUGUGUAUAUGCAGGUUCGAAAGGUUUCCACACCCCCUUGAACUGUUUUCCUAUUCUGCCACUUUGUCACAACCGCAAACGUCAAUGCAUCUUCUUGAAGAAGUGCGUUUUGCGGCAGGCUCUGGUCUACAAGCGGUCGUACCAAGUCGCACGCUGGGGCUAAACACAAACGUUGACCUGAAACCCCAUGCAUCGUUUCAGUUGUCCACUACUUUAUGUUAGCCGAUCACCUAAAAUCCAAAUAAAAGAAGAAAGUUGUGGUUGCAAUAGGAGGAAGUGUGAAACUUUUCAAGGAGUGUGAAUUCCUUCGAAAGGUGCUGUAUGUAGAACGGCAUGCAGAAUUUUGCGCAUAGGUACUUAAAAUUUCAGUUUCUGAGAUGAGUUUUAGGAUUAUCUAUAUAAUGAUUGAGAACAGAUUGUGGAAAUUUCCCAGCUUUCUUAAAACUCCAGAAUCGUAUCCAUCCAUACAUUCGCUAUGCCCGCUUUUCUGUGCUGGGGGAGCAGUUAAUGGGUGAGAGGCGGGCUACGCCCUGGAUAGGUCAGAAAUGUAUGUCUUGAGCUUUAAAAAUAAAACGAAUAAUUUCCAAAAAGCA